UUUCCCGCCGCUGGGGUCAGGGGUCGAGGUUCGGGUCGUGGGGCGGAGGGAAGAGCGGGCGGGCGGGAGGCGCCGGCGCCAGACGCGGAGGGAAGGAGCUACGAGUAGCCGCCGAGAGGCCGCGAAGCCAGCGACGACCGACCCAGCCGAGCCGCCGCCGCCGCCGCGCCCCCAUGGCGGCCGCCAAGGAUACUCAUGAGGACCAUGAUACUUCCACUGAGAAUACAGACGAGUCCAACCAUGACCCUCAGUUUGAGCCAAUAGUUUCUCUUCCUGAGCAAGAAAUUAAAACGCUGGAAGAAGAUGAAGAGGAACUUUUUAAAAUGCGGGCAAAACUGUUCCGAUUUGCCUCCGAGAACGAUCUCCCAGAAUGGAAGGAGCGAGGCACUGGUGACGUCAAGCUCCUGAAGCACAAGGAGAAAGGGGCCAUCCGCCUCCUCAUGCGGAGGGACAAGACCCUGAAGAUCUGUGCCAAUCACUACAUCACGCCGAUGAUGGAGCUGAAGCCCAAUGCAGGUAGCGACCGUGCCUGGGUCUGGAACACCCACGCUGACUUCGCCGACGAGUGCCCCAAGCCAGAGCUGCUGGCCAUCCGCUUCCUGAAUGCUGAGAACGCACAGAAAUUCAAAACAAAGUUUGAAGAAUGCAGGAAAGAGAUUGAAGAGAGAGAAAAGAAAGGUGACGUGGUGCCAUGGGUCGGGGGACUUCUUUGCAGACUCACUCUGCACCUGUCUGUACUUCCAGGCGGGUGCUUUUUCUGUCUGCCAGAUAAACAUUCCAGGGUGCUGUGGCCGCCUCACCUAUCCAGGGCGAUGCAGCUCUCUGGGGACACAGGUGCUUCCUGGGGAGCCCUGAGCACUUGUCAGUGUUGCUGGCCUCACAUCCAAUUGGGCAGGCAUUGGAGUCCAGGCACUGCCUGGAGCUCACCAGAAGGUGCUUUAUGAUGGUCCUCGGUUUGUCUCAGAGGGCUUGGUCACCUCUGCCAUGAGGCUGGACUGCAGCUGUGGUGGCAAGUGACCAGAUGUCACUGAGCAGCCUGACCAUGGUCUAGAGAGUGCUUGAAUGCAUCCACUUGGCUUCCUUUCGUCAUUGAAUUUCAAGAAGACAGACUCCAGGAGGCGGCUUGGCCAGGCAGGAGUCUGUCCUGAGGGCGGGCAAGCCGCUGUGGGUGGGUGACGGCACUUGGGACUGGCUUGGCGAGGGCCAUGUGCUUGAAUGCACCGUGCUUCUGUUUUCUCACUGUGCUGCUUGUGUUUUUAGCAGGAUCAGGCAAAAACGAUCAUGCCGAAAAAGUGGUGGAAAAGCUAGAAGCUCUCUCGGUGAAGGAGGAGACCAAGGAGGAUGCUGAGGAGAAGCAAUAAAUCGUCUUAUUUUAUUUUCUUUUCCUAUCUUUCCUUUCCUUUUUUUAAAAAAUUUUUACCCUGCCCCUCUUUUUCGGUUUGUUUUUAUUCUUUCAUUUUUACAAGGGACGUUAUAUAAAGAACUGAAUUCAACAUUCAGGUUGUUUUUUUUUUUUGUUUCUAAGUUUUUUGCCCUAUUGAAGAUGACUUCAGAAAAUCCAUUCCCCAGUCAUGAAAAUGUACUGUGCUAACUUUCUUUUCCAUAGUGGAAACACUUAUUUAUAGUCAUCAAAAAUAGUGAAUAAAAAACACAUUUGGAACCUGGA